CACAGAACUCAAAAACGGUGAAAGCUUUCAUUGAAUGUGACGUUAAUCAGAUCUAUCAUUCGAUCAUUCAAAUACUCAUUGAAAAAUGGCAGACACCAAACCCGGGUUGAGAAAGCCAGAAUUCACAAAGGUUGAUCAGCUGCGUCCGGGAACUAGUGGACACAAUGUCACCGUGAAGAUCGUUAGCACCAAGAUGGUGUUGCAGAAAGGUCGUUCAGAUGGUCCUCAGGCUCGCCAGAUGCGGAUUUCUGAAUGUAUUGUUGGUGACGAGACCGGAGUUGUCGUCUUCACCGCAAGAAAUGACCAAGUGGACGUGAUGAAAGAAGGAACCACUGUAACUCUACGCAAUGCGAAAAUCGACAUGUAUAAAGGAUCAAUGAGGCUAGCUGUAGACAAGUGGGGUCGUGUUGAAGUCACAGAGCCUGCGAGCUUCAAAGUUAAAGAAGACACCAACAUGUCCCUUGUCGAGUAUGAGGUCGUCAAUGUUGUCGAAUAGAGUAACAAAACUCUCAAAAUACUUUUGUUUUCGAAAACAGUUGAUCAAUAAUAAUAAAAGAGUUACCA